UGCAACCAAGGCACGACCUGUCUUGAAGCCUCCAUCCCUACAAGCGCUUCCCUUCCCUGCUAAAUCGGGCUUCGCCCUGCCUCUGCCCAACAGCCAGGCUGAAUGGAAUUCAGCCACAGAGCCGCAGAUCCCCGUGCACUUUGCGGGGCAGCUGUUCUCGGCUGCUGCCCUCAGCACAGCUGAGCCCUGCGAAGCCCCCGCCACUCUGCUGCGCCGUGCUGUGUGUGCGGCCACCGCUUCCCAACCCAGGGAACCACCGGCACACCCCGCUUCUCCUUCCUGGCGGAGAGCACAGCAUCCUGUGGGACGGUUGGCUUGUCUCGACAGGGAGCUCUCCUUCCAGUGCCUGCCGGGGGAUUCCUGCUGCAGCACUGCGGCUUGCUGCUGCCUGUCCUGGCAAACUGCUGGGGGCUGCCCUGGGUGUUCCCCGCCCGUGAGCUGCCAGAGUGGUCCCUGAGGAAAGGGGCAAAGAGACCAGCAAGACCCAGCAAGACCAGCUGGAGAAUUGAAAUCAGGUCUCCUGGAAUAGCCUCCUAGCAGCAAAUCCGGACCGCUGUGAGUGGGGGAUCCAGCCAAAGCUCAUUUCAUGGCCUGAGAGCUGCGGUACCCACUUACAAGCUCUGCUGCCAGCAGGGAGCCAGGAGAGGUUUCAGAGACCUGGACAGCAGGAGAGAAAACAGGCUUUGGGCAAUGCUGUAAGUGCAGUCCUCCUCAGUACCACAGCCACAGUGGGUUUUGCUCUGCCCCUGCAAGGUUUGCCGCUCCCACGUGAAUUGAGCCAAGGCCUAAAAAUGCUGCAUAGUUGGUUCCAAUCCAGCUCUUAAUCCUGCAGCCCGGGGGCUGCUAUUCGGAGAGCAACAGGUUUGCAAACAACUGCGUGCUGCCGGGAUGGGGCACACUGGGGCUGGCCUUCCCGCAUAUUUUGGUGGCACCCAUGGGUGUCAGAGGGACGUGGUGCUGCAGACAGCAGCUCCCACAUGCUGGGGGCUCUGGCUGCAGCUGGGGGAGGUAUGUGAGUGCCAGCCCCCGCGUGGCACCAGCUGGGCAGCAGCCUGCCGGCACUUGUUUUUCAGAAGGGCACUGAGCCGUAAACUUCUUUCCCAUCAGCUCACCAACAGCUGGGCUAUGGCAGUGACCAGGAAAUCUGUGACCCAGGCCCUUGUACCUAGCUCCUCUGGUGCUACAGCCUCCCCCCAGUGAAAGUCCCACAGUUCACCCUUGCCAGGCACUGGAAUUGCUGCCAUCCUCAAAGUAUCCCGAGCCAAACAUGAAAUGGCUUGGAGCACAAUCCUGGGCUGCUCUGUACUCCCAUGUGAUGGGAAACAUUUUCAUGUGGAUGACAAUGAGACCCAGGAAGGGAUGUUUAUCAGCGACCAUCCAGGAUAGAGCAUUUUGGAAGGUGUUACAAUCUGAGGGUGGUUUGGGUGGAAGAAGGGUGUGAGCCCAUCUGCAGGAGGCCCAGGGGUUCUGUUGAGGAAGGGAGGCCAGGCUGCUCCUGCAGCAGCUCCAGCCCGGGGUGGGCUUCAAGGGCUGCAGCCCCAGGGCUGGGGGAAUGUGGUGGCCUUGCAGGCUCCUGGGCUCUGUGCAUCGUGGGAAGCAGCGGCUGCCAGCUCAGCGCUGGGUAUCUGCAUCCCUGGGACAGUGCUUUUUUCUCAGUAUUUUCUACCUAAGUUGGUGGCUGCCACGCAAAGCACCAUGCUGGGGACGAUCAGACCCGCUCAGCCCAGGGUGAGGGGAAGCCCUUGUUGCCCAUCAGCUCGGUGUUACCAGCUGCAACCCAUGCCUGAGGCUGAGUGCACUGUGAGGAUGCGUGAGUGGGCACACCAAGGCCAGCCCCACUCCUUACAGGUGGGAAACUGAAAUCCCCAGACUUCACAUCAGUUGCAGCAUGCUACCCCUCCUGCAUCGGUUGCAAUGUGCUUUGAGGAUGCAGGCUGCUCCUCCAAGGCUGUGGCAACCUCAACGUUGCUGCAGCCAUACCUGUUCCUUUGGAGGCUACGUAUAGCCCUUGCUGAAGCCACUGGCUUUGCAUGAUACCAAACAAGAUGCUGUGUGUUCCCCACCACUGCAGAGGAAGCGUUGGGUUUGUUAGCUGAGGUAUUUCUGGUUGCAGUGUUUUUUAGGAAAUGGUAAUUUGAUGGUUUUGAGCAUUGGAGGUUGGGGCUGUCUCUUCCUCCCACCAAGCCUCCCACCGUUUCCUCAGGAGGGGAGGUGGCAAUCGGCCCAUGAAGGACAUCAGGUCUGUCAGGGAGCUCUGCUGGGCCCCUGGCAUCUUUAUCAGGUCUUGUCCCAUCUGCAAAACUGCCCCGUGCCUGCGGAUGCCGCUGUUACAGGGGAAUGUGCCUGCGCGCUGCUGCGAGCUGAACCGCUGAGCCCCAGCCCACAGCCGGCGCAGGGCAUGGCAUGGCUCACCCCAGUGGGAUUAGCAAACGUGCCCGUUGGGUCCAGGCAGCCAAGGGCGCCUUCCUGAUGCCCACCAGUGAUUGGCAGGGCUUGCAUGCUGAUGCUGUGACUAAUGUGUGGGCUGGCCCCUGUGCCCACAGGAUGCUGGCCAAGAACAAGGACACAUUGUGAAGAUGAACCUGGUCACCUGAGUGACCGAGGCUGGGGCCAUCCUGAGCACCCCCUCCAAUGAUGGCCACUGUCCCCUGCGUGGGAUCGUUCUGUAUCCUGUCUGGGGGAGUCUGUCUUGGGUGCCUGGGGCCACUCACAUGCCUCUCUCUGUGCCUCAGUUCCCCCAUCUAUUUCCCAAAACUUUGCCUUCUCUCCCCUGAAUAACAGGCUAUGGGUGAAGAGCUGUGUCCUUACUAGCAUCUCGGAGGCUCGAGGCACAGACCAGUGGUGUAUUUUACUAGCAAGCCUGGAAGCAAAAUAGAUGAAAGCCCCUGCAUCUACGUGUUUCUGGAGUUUGUGUGAGACAUGAGAGCAUCUUCCCUUCUUGGGAAAAAUGUCAUGUGCAAAACCCGCAUGCCCUUGCCAUCUCCAAGCUCUGCUUUCUCCUGGGAGGCAAAGCCAAAGUCAAGAGCCACCUGUGAUGAAAGUCCUGCUCCUGCUCCUUCUCUCCCCCCUCCAAGGGGUGGGUGCAAGUGUCCACCAGGAGGAUUUCCGUUUCUGCGGAGAGAGGAACCAGACUGAGAGCAGCUCCGUCAUCUACAAGCACAGUCCUGCCAACAUCUCCAUUGAGAACACGGCCCAGGCACUAAUAAUAAAAAGUCCAUUUUUUGCCAGCAGGAGAAACUUUUACUACCAGUCCAGCUUGCCGCCCACUUUGGGCAGGUACCGCUUCUGCAUCUACUGGUUCAAGCCCAACAGGACCCUCUGGCUUGCAUACGGGAAGCAGAGCUUCCUCCUGGGCCAGGACCCACCCAGCAGCAUCACCCAGGAGAGGGACACACAGAAGACUGAAAGGACCAAGACCGCUAUCUUCAAUGUGUCCUAUGUCUUCAAAGGCCAGAAGAACACCUCCCUUGACAGUGCAUCUGAAUACUUUUUCCCUGCCUCUCUGGAGAUCAUGCCCGUCUGGGAGCAGGAUGUAGAGGGCCAGCUCGCUGCCCUGGACAGACUCCUUGCACAGGCGCCGGCCUCGGGUGCCACGGCACAGCGAUCACUUCGGCACAAACUUGGGGCCUUGGAGAGGAUGCUGGCGCAGGUGGAGCUCAAAGGGCAGAACCAGACCUUCGGGAAGGCCGCUCUGCGUGCCACCGUCCUGAGAGUCAGCACUGCGCAGACUCCUCGGCACCUGGCCUUUGCUUCCCCAAGAGAGGAGAGCAGAGAGGUCCAGGGGUUCGCCGUGGAUCUGCCAAGCAGCUUGUUCGUGACAGCAAAGAAGGAGGUGGUGGAGCACAGGGUGCUUCUGGUGGACAUCAACAGCCAGGCCAUGUUCCAGGAUGAAAACAGCAGCCACAUCCUGGGUGACAAGGUGGUUGGCAUCUCCCUGGUGGACAUGGUGGUGGCCAAUCUCUCUGACCCAGUGGUCCUCACUUUCUUCCACAACCAACUGCUGAGGAAUGUGACCCUGCUGUGUGUCUUCUGGCAGGAGGACAGCACCGCCAGCUCUGGAAACUGGGAUAGCUAUGGCUGCACAACAGUGGAGGGGGAUAGACAGACGUACUGCAGAUGCAACCACCUCACCUACUUUGCUGUGCUAAUGGUAUCCUCUCCAGAGAUUACCUACAUACACAGAGACUAUCUGAGCAUCAUCACGUACAUUGGCUGCCUUAUCUCAGCUUUGGCAUCCAUUUGCACCAUCUUCUUCCUCUACUUCAGAAGCAAGCAGCGAGACCAGAUCACGAGCAUGCACAUCCACAUGAACUUGCUGGGUGCCAUCUUCCUCCUGGACUUCACCUUCCUCAUCUCAGAGCACUUGGCUGCCAGCAGCAGCGAGGCAGCCUGCAGAGCUGGGGGGCUGUUCCUGCACUUCUCCCUCCUGAGCUGCCUCACCUGGAUGGGCAUCGAGGGCUACAACCUCUACCGGCUUGUGAUCGAAGUCUUCAAUGCCUACCAUGACCACUUCCUCCUCAAGCUCUGCCUGGUGGGCUGGGGACUCCCCUUCUGUUGCGUGAUGCUGAUCUUCCUGACUAAUUGGACGAACUACGGCCCGUUCUCCAUUCCCGUGUAUGAAUCCAUUGGUGGAAAGUCCACCAAUGCAACCAUAUGCUGGAUCACGAGCCCCCUGAUCCAUAACGUGGUAAACCUAGGUUUCUUCAGCCUGGUAUUCCUCUUCAACUCCGUCAUGCUGGGGGCCAUGGUCCGGGAGAUCCUCCAGCAGAACAAGAAAGGCCACAAGCUCAAGCAUGUCCUAGCCCUCUUUGGUCUAAGCAUCCUGCUGGGCAUUCCCUGGGCACUGGUGUUCUUCUCCUUCACCUCCGGCAACUUCCGCCUUGUCUCCCUCUACAUCUUCACCAUCAUCAACUCACUCCAAGGUUUUCUCAUCUUUCUCUGGUACUGGACCAUGGUGCUGCAGGCAAAAAAGUCCUCCAACUCCCAGAGCAGCUCUGACAGCAUGAAACUGCAGCCUAACAGCAGCCAGAGCCACCCUGGCUGAGCCUCGUGCUGGCCAUGCCAUGGGGCUGCCUGGCCGGGGCUCCCCGCAUGGAGGGCAGCCAUAGCAAGCACCAGCGCCGGCCGCUUUGCUACUCACCUGCCCCAUGGGGCUGCUGGGAGCACAGGGAUCUGCAGCAGAGACCCCCAGCCCCUCGCCUCCACCAGCUCUGCGUUCCCCAUCACCAUGGCCCCUGAAGUAUCUGGGUGUCCCCAUCCCUGACUGGGUAUCCCCUACCUGCUCCCACAGGGACAGGGCUGGCUCCAGGGGCAUGACAGAGAGAUGCGCAGGGCUGUGGCAAGGGACAGAAGCAGGAGCAAGAACAGGCCCCCCAGCGCUUCCAGAUGUCCCCUGCAGUGCCCCAAGGCCUGUCCUCUCCCCAAGGAGGGACAGCAGGUGGGAAAGGCCCCGUUUUCAGGCCUUGCUGGUGGCCGCCAAGAGGGCCCUUCCCUGGUAAGACAGAAUAACCACCACUGCAACACCCUAUAGCAGCUGAAAUAAUCUAUUUUUGUUAUUUUGUUGAAUGUUUCUCUAUUUUUGUAUGGUGUAAAAUUUUAAUAUUUGUGCUCACACAUGAGACUUGUGCCCAUUAAAGUUGUUCCUGCUCUGA